GUCUUUCCACUCUCACAGAAAAGAGAGAGAAAGGAAGAAGCAGAGACAUAAAGGGAGAGAGAAAGAGAAGCAGAGAGAGACAGAGAGAGAGUUCUUGAGAGAGAGAGAGAGAGAGAAGGACCGUUAAUUUCCGUUAAUAUAUGAAGCAAUUUUGAGAGCUACAAGAAGCUAAAAUGGUUACAGACCAAGAGCUUUCUCAAGCUAUACAAUGUCUUCUUCGCGACUCUGCUUCUGCUACAAACCCUAACCCUCUUUCUUCCUUAAACGCUGUCGUUCAGGAGUUGCAGACCAAGCUUGGCCUUGACCUCUCUCAUAAGGUCGAUUUCAUUCAUGCCCAGAUCCAAUUUAUCCUUCGUUCUCAUCCUCAACAACCCCAUCCGUAUCAUCAUCACCACCAUCAACAACUACCCUCUUCGCAGAAAGACCUCUUUGCCCUUCAUCAAAGCCCUAAUUUCCAAUCUGCGCCUUCCCCUACUUCCUCUGCUUUUCACACUUUCACUGCUCAGCUUCCGCCGGCCAAGGCGGAAUCCGCCGUCUCUCCCACUGUUCCGGGUUCUGACCCGCCAAAGGAAAGCAGUACUCAAACCAAAACUAAGAGAAGAGGAGGCCCGGGGGGUCUAAACAAGCUUUGUGGUGUUUCUCCUGAACUUCAGGCUAUUGUUGGCCAACCAGAAUUGCCAAGAACUGAGAUAGUGAAACAGCUAUGGGCGUACAUCAGAAAAAACAACCUACAGGAUCCAAGUAACAAGAGGAAAAUAAUAUGCAAUGAUGAGUUGCGGUUGGUAUUUGAAACAGACUGCACUGACAUGUUCAAAAUGAAUAAGUUGCUAGCCAAACACAUCAUUCCUCUCGAACCUACUAAACCAUCAAGUUCUAAGAAGGCUCGAGUGGAGAAUGAAUCUGCAGUUGGUGUAAAAGGUGCAGAACCCAGUAUAUGUCCUUCUGUGAUUAUAUCUGAAGCUCUAGCAAAUUUUUUUGGUGUCGACGGAAGGGAGAUGCUCCAAUCAGAGGUUCUGAGACGCAUAUGGGAAUACAUAAAAGUGAAUCAUCUUGAGGACCCUCUGAACCCGAUGGCGGUCUUGUGCGAUGGAAAACUUCGAGAACUGUUUGGUUGUGAAAGCAUUUCUGCACUGGGAAUCCCAGAAGUUUUAGGCCGCCACCAUAUAUUUAGGAGAUCAUGAUAGCUAAUCUUCUAGGAUGAUCGAACGGUGUUAGCGACUUACAUAUCGGGGCAGUGUUUGGAAAAGUCUGGUUUUUUUCACCCUUCCCUCUCUUAAUGUUGUAAUCAGUAAUGAUAAUAUUUUACUUUUGGAUCUUAUGGUAAGGUAAAGGUGUGAACUUGGGGAAGUAAGAUGAAGUAAGAUGGGGGCUUGUGGCAGAGUUUAUUUUGCAAUUGCCUGCCAAGUCCUUGGGUUUCCAUUUGUCUGACUUGGUAUUUAGGAUAGAGUGACCCUGAGAGUUUCUAACAUCCAUCAUACACUACAGAUGAUGGGUAAAGUAAAAUUAUGUUAUGUACUCACUAGUUUGUUAAAUAUAUAUAUAUAUAUAUAUAUAUAUAUAUGUUUUUAUGUAGUAAAA